UGUGAGGAGCAGAUUCCGUUCCGUCGGUGUGAGGCACGCUCAGAACCAGAUUCCAAUUCCUUUUCGACCAUAGCUAGGUAGCUGGUUGCUUGGUGAUGCUGCGGACUCUGGAGUGGAAUACGCCUCCUCGAUGGAAAGCUCCAAGAAGCAGUAGUUAAGUGCAGCUACUGUUGGAUGAUUCAUUGCACAACUGAUCAGAGAGAGAGGAAAAGAACAAUGGAAUUCGAUGAAUUUACCCUAUCUUUAUCUUUUAUCUUUCUCUUCUCCCUGCUUUUUCUUUUGUCAGCUUUUGCUGUUAAUCUUCCAUGACUUGGCUUCUCUUCCUUGCUUUUUGUUGCUCUUUAUCCUCGCCAGCUUCAUGCUCAGUGCAGUCGGUAGUAACAAGCCGAAGAAAUAUAUUAGCAAUAUUAUAAAAUAAUGAAUUUCAAGCAAACUUAUUCUUGGCAUAGUAGUAGAAAGAAGAAGAGAAGAACAAAUUUGUUGUUGUAUUUGCAGUUGCAAACAAUGGAAUCAAAUCAUUGCAGAAACAAAUAUGAGAGUGAUUAGUGAUAAGAUGAAGCGACAUAAAAAAUCGGGGCAAAAAAAGAUAAAAUAGAAACGAACAAGGUCCAACGGCUACACCGCUACAUUUCGCCCUCCAACUUUUUGUUUGUUUGUUGGGUAGAGGGUUUUGGCAUUCGGAACCCACAAAUUUCCACGCGUUGAUUUCGGGUCUUUUUGUUACCAAUCCUCCCAACUCUCUUAAUGCUAUCAAUCAUCCGUUCCGCGCAAUUUCCGCGGAUUACCAAUCCUCCCAGCAGCAGUUUAUAUCCCCUUCCUCAAAGGAAUCCGUUUUACUUUAGGGUUUAGGCCACCCGCCGAUCUCUCCUCCAUGUUCUGCAACUCCUAUUUGAACUAAUUCGGGGUAAUUCCCCAUCUCCGGUCCGUUUCCCGACCUCGGCCUUUCUGGGUUUUUCUCCAAUUCGAUCGAUGUCCUCUGGUUUCGCCGCUUAAUGGGUUGCAUUACGUCGAAGCAGGCCGUCUCUGUGACGCCUGCCAGGUUGGUGGAAUUGGAGAAGAAGAAAAAGAAUAAGGCCGAGUCGGGAGAUGAUAGUACCGGAUUGGGGGAGUCCAACGGGGGGAGCCCCAGUGGUGAGGAUUCCUUCACCCUGAGAGUGGGGAAUAUGCAGAAAUAUAUCCAAGGAGAGCAAGUUGCUGCCGGGUGGCCUCCUUGGCUGAGCGCCGUUGCGGGCGAAGCCAUCCAAGGAUGGGUGCCUCUCAGAGCUGACUCUUUUGAGAAAAUGGAGAAGAUUGGACAAGGUACAUAUAGCAGUGUGUUUCGAGCACGUGAACUAGACACUGGGAGGAUAGUUGCACUGAAAAAAGUGCGGUUUGACAAUUUUGAUCCUGAGAGUGUUAGAUUUAUGGCACGGGAAAUAUUGAUUCUCCGCAGGCUUGACCAUCCAAAUAUCAUGAAAUUGGAGGGGUUAAUAACCUCUCGAAUGUCAUGCAGUAUAUACCUUGUUUUUGAGUAUAUGGAGCAUGAUCUUGCUGGACUUGCAUCCUGUCCAAACAUCAAACUCAGCGAGGCACAGGUUAAGUGCUAUAUGCACCAGUUAUUGUCUGGACUGGAGCAUUGUCACUCAUGUAAUGUCAUGCAUCGGGACAUAAAAGGAUCCAAUAUUUUAGUUAAUAAUGAGGGAAUUUUGAAGAUUGCUGAUUUUGGCCUUGCAAACUACUUCAGUCCUGGACACAAGCAACCACUAACGAGUCGGGUUGUGACUCUUUGGUACCGUCCUCCAGAACUUUUACUGGGCUCUACAGAUUAUAGAGCUUCUGUGGAUCUAUGGAGUGUUGGUUGUGUAUUUGCAGAACUUUUCCUUGGGAAGCCAAUCCUUCAGGGAAGAACAGAGGUUGAACAAUUACAUAAAAUCUUCAAGCUUUGUGGCUCCCCACCUGAUGAGUAUUGGAAGAAUUCCAAAGUUCCUCAUAGAACUAUGUUCAAACCCCAGCAUCCUUAUGGGAGUUGUCUUCGGGAGACCUGUAAAGAACUCCCUGCAACUGCUGUGGAUCUUAUAGAAACUUUUCUUUCUUUAGAACCACAUAAACGUGGGACUGCUUCAUCUGCUCUUGUAUCUGAGUAUUUUACAACAAAGCCUUAUGCAUGUGACCCUUCAACUUUACCAAAGUACCCACCUAACAAAGAGAUGGAUGUAAGAUGUCGUGAAGAGGCACAAAGGAAAAGGGCUGGUGGAAGAGUAGUUAGGCCUGAAGCAAAAGGAAGACCAAUGAAAGUAUGUAAAGCUUUGGAAGAACCAAGUAGGAUCAGUAAUGUUGAACCAAAAGAGGAAUUGCAAGAAAACAAAGGUUCCUAUAAAAUUACUGGUUCUCAUGCACAUGCUUCCAAGGAAGACAAAGACGCUAGAUUAUGUGGAGAAGUACUGAAGCCGUCAAAUAAUACCAAUUCAAAGGCUUCCCUCAUGAAGAAUGCAUCUCAAGGGAAUAUUCCUUUCUCAGGCCCACUGCAUGUCAUAGAAUUCAGUAGCUUUGCAUUUGCAAAAAGGCAAAAGGAGAUUGCAGCAUCCGGAAGAUUAUGUAAUAGGUGCAAUUCAAUGGGUCAAGUUUCUAAUGCAGUAAUUCCACCAAUUCUCUUGCAAGAAAGAAAUAAUAAAAACUUAAAAGGGGGAGAAAGUGGGGAUAUUUUAUAUGGGGCUCAAGUUGAUUCCAGAGGGCAUUCAUAUGAUAUUGCUAAAUGUGCAAUCCUAAGACAAUGGAGCCAGUAUCGAGGUUCUUUUAAUGUAGCUGAUGUAUACCAUUAUCAAGAGCUAUCAAUGCCUCUUAAUGAAGGAAAGGAAACAGCAACCAAUAAAAACAAGCUGGAUCAAGAAGAUAGAGUUGAGUUUUCAGGACCAAUAUUGUCUCAGUCAAAUAGAGUUGAUGAACUCUUGGAGAGGCAUGAACGUCAUAUACGUCAAGCAGUCCGCAGGUCAUGGAUCCAAAGAGGGAAAAGACGUGAAAAAUAGCCAUCUGGUAUGUCUUCUAGUUCAAAGAGUAGCCUCCUCUUGAUCAUAAGAUAUUCAAGAUAUGUGAAGUCUUGUCCUCCAAAGAUCAAGAAUUUACAAGGUGCUAGUCAUUGCAUCUUCAGAAAUCCUGUCAGUGUGCCAACAGUAAAGUGGGACAAUUGCCACAUUGACGGGCACUCCUCGGUUUUUAGUAGCCCAAGAAGUUGAUCUAUAUCGAUCAUAUUUCCCAAGGUGAUCUUGGAUAAGAGGGCUGGAGUUGGCUGGUUCAACAACUUGGCUAGAAGAUUAGUAUUCUGCAGAAAGAAGAAAGUAGAUGUUGGUCAGCAAAUACUCAUCCAAUACUUCUUUAACGGAAGCUGAGCUAUGUUUGAGUUCAAGGAAUCCAUUUAUGUCACGAUUUUCAGUGUAUACAAGCAAUUAAGUGUUGAUUAAGUCCUUCUAAGAGACAAAGCUCCACUUUUGUAUAUAUUUUGAUAGUUAACUCUUUCCCAUGACCAGAGUGUUGUAUAUGUCCGUGGCUUAAAAUGUCAAGCAUUCUUGUUUACAGUGUUAUCCAAGAUUAAAUUGUCAAAAUUGUGCCAAAUGAGAGGGAAGGAGUUCAAUUUUUCAAGUCA